GAAAGGAAACAUGUCAUUUUCAAGGCUACUACAAGUCACACUCCAGAACCCCCUUUUUUGUUUCUCACCCUCUUCAAAUUCAACUCUUUCAUUCCCCUUCUUCACCCUUCCACUUCCACCAACUCAAAAACCUCUCAUUGCUAAAGCUUCAUUCUCAUCAAACAUGGUCAAAGCUAUCAGAGUUCAUGAACUCGGUGGCCCUCAGGUUCUGAAGUGGGAGGAUGUGGAAAUCGGAGAGCCAAAAGAAGGCGAGGUGCGCGUGACGAACAAAGCCAUUGGCCUUAAUUUUAUCGAUGUCUACUUUCGGAAAGGAGUUUAUAAAGCCCCUUCAUUGCCUUUCACCCCAGGUAUGGAAGCUGUUGGGGUUGUCACAGCCGUUGGUUCUGGACUCACUGGUAGGAAGGUUGGAGAUCUUGUUGCGUAUGCAGGUCAACCAAUGGGCUCAUAUGCUGAAGAGCAGAUUCUUCCUGCUGACAAAGUAGUUCCUGUACCCUCCUCAAUUGACCCAGUUGUUGGGGCAUCUAUCAUGCUGAAGGGCAUGACAGCUCAGUUCUUGGUUCGCCGUUGUUUCAAGGUUGAACCUGGUCAUACUGUCCUUGUACAAGCAGCAGCUGGUGGAGUUGGAUCCCUAUUGUGCCAGUGGGCAAAUGCGCUUGGUGCAACAGUUAUUGGAACUGUAUCUAGUAAAGAGAAGGCAGCUCAAGCCAAGGAGGAUGGCUGCCAUCAUACUAUAAUCUAUACUGAAGAGGAUUUUGUUGCUCGAGUCAAUGAAAUUACAUCUGGAAAUGGAGUCGAAGUAGUUUACGAUUCAGUAGGAAAGGAUACUUUUCAGGGAUCUUUGGCUUGUUUAAAACUUCGAGGCUACUUGGUAAAUUUCGGGCAGUCAUCAGGUACUCCUGAUCCCGUUCCAUUGUCUACCCUGGCUGCAAAAUCCUUGUUCUUGACAAGGCCAAGUCUAAUGCAAUACAAUGUCACUCGUGACGAGCUAUUGGAGUCUGCUGGAGAGGUGUUUACUAAUGUUGCUUCUGGUGUGUUGAAGGUGCGAGUUAACCAUACUUACCCUUUGUCUGAGGCUGCAAAAGCACAUGAAGAUCUUGAGAAUAGGAAGACCUCAGGGUCUAUUGUGUUGAUACCUUGAUGAUGCUAUCAAUUUGUAUGUAAUAAAUGUUCUAAGCACCUGGUUCUUGUUCUGUCUUUUUUAUUUCUCUUUGAAUGGAAAUGGGUUAUAGAUUGUAACAUGUAGAUAAUGUUUGGUAUGGUAUUCGUCAGGUUGUUAUGCUUAAAAGAAUAAUUUUGUUAUCAUUCUCUAAAGAUGGUCUCUCUGUAGACAUAAUACAUGAUAGAGUUUAAUGGCGUCA